UUUCAUCUCAAUGGGAUGCACAGGGCUGGAGAUGUGGUCCUAGGUGGACUGUUUGAAAUUCACUUUUUCUCUACCCAUCCUGACCUGUCUUUCACAUCACAGCCACAACAGCCUACCUGCCAUGGUUUUGAUGUUCUAGGAUUCAGACAGGCCCAGACCAUGGCUUUUGCUAUUGAUGAGAUCAACAGAAACUCCAACCUGCUACCUAAUGUGACUCUGGGAUACAGUCUGUAUGAUAACUGCCUCCAACUAGGAAUUGGAUUCCGUGCAGCAUUGUCAUUAACCAGUGGUCAAGAGGAGCAAGUUACAUUACAUGAGACCUGUGUAGGAACCCCUCCAGUCCUUGGGAUUGUGGGUGAUUCUUCCUCUACGCGUUCUAUUGCAAUCUCCACUGUCUUAGGUUUGUACAGAGUGCCUAUGGUGAGUUAUUUUGCCACAUGUUCCUGCCUGAGUGACCGGCAAAAGUUUCCAUCCUUCUUUAGGACGAUCCCAAGUGAUUCUUUCCAGGUGCGUGCUAUGAUUCAGAUUCUAAAACACUUUGGCUGGACUUGGGCAGGUCUGCUGAUCAGUGAUGAUGAUUAUGGACUCCACGCUGCCCGAUCCUUCCAAUCUGACCUGGGUCCAUCUGGUGGAGGUUGUCUGGCUUACUUAGAGGUUUUGCCCUGGAGUGAAAACCCAGCUGAAAUAAAGAGGAUUGUGGAUGUGAUGAGGGAGUCCACAGCUCAUGUGGUCAUUGUGUUUGCACAUGAAAGUCACAUGAUUGACCUCAUGGAAGAGGUGGUGAGGCAGAAUGUGACAGGCCUGCAGUGGAUAGCCAGUGAAGCGUGGACAUCAGCUGCUGUGCUCCAGACCCCCCACCUCAUGCCGUACCUGGGUGGAACACUGGGCAUUGCCAUCCGUCGAGGAGAAAUACCAGGACUCAGGGAAUUCAUGUUAGAAAUACGUCCUGACCUACACCACAAUAACAGCUAUGGAAAUAACAUGGUAAAUCAGUUUUGGGAAUAUACAUUUCGGUGUAGAUUUGCACCACCUCCAGCAGGUUGGGUGGAGGCUGGAGGAGCAUUAUGCACUGGACAUGAAGAUCUAGACAAUAUGGAGAGUGAGUUUUUGGACAUUUUAAAUCUCAGGCCAGAGUACAAUGUGUAUAAGGCUGUGUAUGCUCUGGCAUAUGCUCUUGAUGACAUGAUGCAGUGUGAGCCAGGGAGAGGGCCUUUCAGCGGGAACAGCUGUGGUAAUUUGCAAGGACUGGAGCCAUGGCAGCUUGUGUAUUACUUGGAAAAGGUCAACUUCACCACACCAUUUGGUGAUCAAGUGUCAUUUGAUGAGAAUGGUGAUGUCUUACCAAUCUAUGAUAUCAUGAACUGGCUGUGGCUCCCGGGUGGACGAACUAAAGUUCAGAAUGUGGGUGAGGUUAAAAAAUCUGCUUUAAAAGGUGAAGAACUCACACUUGAUGAAGAUAAAAUCUUCUGGAACUUUGAAUCCAAAGAGCCCCCCCGGUCAGUGUGCAGUGAGAGCUGUCCUCCUGGUACCCGCAUGGCCAGAAAGAAGGGGGAACCUGAGUGUUGUUUUGACUGCAUCCCUUGUUCUGAGGGAAAAAUCAGCAAUAAGACUGACUCCAUGGAGUGCAUCAGUUGUCCAGAGGAUUUCUGGUCCAGCCCCCAGCGUGACCACUGUGUUCCCAAGAAAACAGAGUUCCUCUCCUACCAUGAGCCUCUGGGAAUCUGCUUGACAACAGCCUCAUUGCUGGGCACAUUUAUCUGUGCUGUUGUCCUAGGGAUCUUUAUCUAUCAUCGCAAAACACCUAUAGUACGUGCCAACAAUUCAGAACUUAGUUUCCAGCUAUUGUUGUCACUUAAACUAUGUUUCCUGUGUUCACUGCUGUUUAUCGGACGACCCAAACUGUGGACAUGUCAGCUGAGACAUGCAGCAUUUGGCAUCAGCUUUGUGCUUUGUGUUUCAUGCAUCCUGGUGAAAACAAUGGUGGUUCUGACUGUGUUCAAGGCCUCUAAGCCAGGAGGCGAAGCCAGUCUGAAGUGGUUUGGUGCUGUGCAGCAGAGAGGGACAGUUCUGGUUCUUACUUCUGUUCAAGCAGCAAUCUGUACUGCCUGGCUUGUUUCUGCUUCACCAGCACCUCAUAAAAACACCCAAUACCACAAUGACAAGAUAGUUUAUGAGUGUGUAGUCGGGUCCACAAUUGGUUUUGCAGUGUUACUGGGUUAUAUUGGCUUACUGGCUAUACUCAGUUUUCUCAUUGCAUUUCUGGCAAGGAAUCUUCCAGACAGUUUCAAUGAGGCCAAACUCAUCACUUUCAGCAUGUUGAUCUUCUGUGCUGUGUGGGUGGCCUUUGUCCCUGCUUAUAUCAGCUCACCAGGCAAAUAUGCAGAUGCAGUGGAGGUAUUUGCCAUCCUGGCCUCCAGUUUUGGCCUCUUGUUGGCGCUGUUUGGACCCAAAUGUUACAUCAUCCUGCUGAGACCAGAGAGAAACACGAAGAAAGCUAUUAUGGGUCGAGGAACUGAGUCAUAAAAAUUUUACUUAAUUUCACAAGAUGGAAUGAAUCCAUUUUCUCUCAUAUAAUAUAAAAAUAUAGGCAGAAAAUAGGUGAACAUUAGUUAAUUCAGAUUCUGGUGAUAGUAAUAGAAAUGUUAUUUGAAUAAGACUAAUUAUGCCAAAUGAAUGUUUUUGGGUGUGAAAUCUCUAAGAAUACAUAAACACAAGUUUGAAUUUUAAAUACAAAGUAGUCUACUUGUACUUCAAAUUCUAGUAUGGCCUUUGUGACUUUUCAUGGUCUAACUUAACCUUACAUCUGAUUAUACUUAAAGUUAUAUUCUCUGAAUAAAUUAUCCUUCACAAUUGUAAACUGCAACUCCUAAGAGAGGUAUACUUGGUAAUAAACAGUGAAAUAAUAUUCCUUAAUUUCCAUGGACAUGGCAAAUUUAUUCUUAAAUAACUCAGUGAUUCUAAUGUAAGAACAAAUUAAGUGACUAGGGGUGACAGAAUACCAGGCGUAUAUCUUUCCACCAGCAUUUGAAUUGUAUUUUGAGUUUCCACUUAUGAAGUGUAGAAUUUGGUUGAAAUUACUGUUCUAUGAGAGGUUGCGGUGUUCUGAAUGACAUUCAUUUUUUUUAACUGGAUAAAAUAUUGUGUCCUCAUAUAAACUGCUGAAAUGUGUUUUA